AUGGACCUUCAUACUCUUAAUACAACUCUUUUUUCUUUGGCGGCCAAGCUUGAAUGUAUAGCAAUUCAUGCUUGUGGAUCCGUUUGUAAUGAGUGCACAGAAUUUUUGAUUGAGCUUUCUAACUUAAAUCUAUCUCAGCAUAAUGUUAUACAAUCUGCUUUAUAUUCUUCAAUGCCAGCAAGAACUACUUGGCAUAUUAAUGAUCAAUGCGAAGUUUGGAAUAUAGUUGAUAACGAAUAG